GAAAACUUCAGUUCUGGAUGCGGUUCAUUCAAACACUGUACGUAACGUAGAAUUGUCGACAAAUUUUCCCCAAAUACACGACGUAAGGGGAAAAAAGCGACAUUUCCCCUAAAUAACCGACGUAAAGGCGAAAAAGCGACAUUUCCUCUUUAGUUACGCUUUCGUCCGUUUUAUUUCCCCUUUCUUCGCCUUUAUUUCCCCUUUUUGUGUUGCUUGGGAUCAUAUCCUGAUAUGCAAUCUUUUUAUUAUAUAUUGCUACCACUUGAUUAACUGCUUCUAUGAAUUCAGUGUUCAUCUUUUUGUACUAAUGAGUUAUGGCAACUUGGACCGAUGCACAUAUGUCCUGGUUUUAUGUUGUAAAUGAAUAACUGACAGUGUGCUAGGCUCAAGGAGAGUUGUAUGCUAUAUGCAUGCACUUCAUUCCGUUAUUAUUCCUAUAAUUAUCCCGGAAUUUUCGUUGUUUACGUACCCGUUCACAUAGUCAUUGUCGUGGUCAUUAGUGUGUGUAACGCUAUUAAUUAUGCAUCACUGUUUAGAUGGAGAGGAAAACGAAGGCAGAACUCCACUACUUUAUGAUCAAUCAAGGAUAGUACAACUUAUUUCAGCGCAUCAAAGUCGCAGACCACGAAAUUCUUCACCUUCAGAUGAUUUUCAAAAAAUUGGUGUCAAUAUAGACCCCGGGGAGAGAAACGUGUUCAGUUUUAAACGAUUAUGGACGUUCACAGGUCCUGGAUUCUUAAUGAGUAUUGCCUAUCUGGAUCCUGGAAAUAUAGAGUCAGAUUUGCAAAGUGGUGCAAUCGCUAAUUAUAGACUUCUAUGGCUUUUACUCCUAGCUACAUUGAUGGGAUUAUUUCUACAACGUUUGGCUGCUCGUUUGGGUGUAGUGUCAGGUAGACAUUUAGCAGAAGUAUGCUAUGAUGAAUAUCCUACACCGGCACGUAUUAUACUAUGGAUUAUGGUUGAGGUUGCAAUUAUUGGGUCAGAUAUGCAAGAGGUGAUUGGUACUGCUAUAGCUAUAAAUUUAUUAAGUUUUGGUUAUAUACCUUUAUGGGCUGGUGUACUUAUCACUAUUUUGGAUACUUUCACUUUCCUAUUUCUUGAUAAAUAUGGUUUACGUAAAUUAGAGUUCUUUUUUGGACUUUUAAUAACUAUUAUGGCUGUGACAUUUGGUUAUGAGUAUAUUGUUGUAAAACCCGAUCAAGUAUCUCUUUUACGCGGAUUAUUUGUGCCUUCUUGUCCUGGUUGUGGUUGGCCUGAAUUGGAACAAGCUGUUGGUAUCCUCGGUGCUGUUGUAAUGCCUCAUAAUUUUUACUUACAUUCUGCUCUUGUUAAAUCACGUGAUAUAGAUCGAAGUAAUCCAUUUUUGGUUCGUGAAGCGAACAUGUAUUACUUCAUUGAAUCAACCAUUGCAUUAUUCGUUUCUCUUAUGAUAAAUAUAUUUGUUGUAUCAGUAUUUGGUGCUGGGUUCUAUGGUAAAAAUGUUAAACAAGUGAUUGAGAAUUGCACACUUGAAGGUAAAAUUCCUGUUCGUUUUACAAAUGCUGUUCUCAUCAGCUGCUUACAGCAUAUCUCAAUGAAGUGAGGGAAGGAUGGCAUAGUUAAAUGUUUAGUUUAUAAGAAAGACACAUGGAAUGGUGUUUAUCUCAAUUUCAAUAGCUUUUGUCCAAUCAGUUACAAAAAGGCACUUGUCAAAACACUGUUUCACAGAACAGAAAUAAUAUAUACUGCCGAUACACUAGAAGAGGAAGUUAAGAAUGUUAAAAAAUGUUUAAAGAACAAAGGAUACCUACUGAAAUUUAUUGAGAAAUAUGGAAAACGUGAAGAUAAAAAACUCAAAGAAACUACAGCAAAUAAAAAGCCUAUUUUUAUUCAACUUAAAUUCAAAGGUGAUGUCACAGGAUCAAUCAAUAUGGGACUAGAAACUGCGUUGAAAAGAACUUAUCCUGCAGCUUAACUGAUUGUUCUGUCCAAAACAACAUAUUCUUUGACACAAUCAAAGUUCUAUGGGUAUCCCUUUCAUGUUACCAUCAACUAUGUAUACAAAUUUACAAGUAUCUGCCAAAGCAGUUACAUUGGUAGAACAGAAAAGAAAGCCUACGCCCGAUUCAAAGAACAUAUUCCGAAAAGUUUAUGAUCAAAUGGAUUAGAAGCAUUCAACAGUGCCAUCGCAAGACAUCUCCUUGACACAGGACACGAAGUCGAUACCCUGAAGUCCUUCAAGGUGAUUAACAAACAAUCAAGCCCCGGCUUUUUGAAAUUUGCCGAAGCGAUAACAAUCAAACUUCUAGAAGCAGAUCUAUGUAUCCAAAAAGAGGCAGUAAUAAAUCUUUCUUUGCCCUGGUAAUAUUAAACCCUCCUUUUUAUUUAUCACGUCAUUCAUUAUUUCAACUCUCUGAAGUUUAAAUUACAUCAUUAUCAGUUUUCUUCAAUUCAUAACUGACUGAUAGCAAUUCAUAUCUUUCUUUAUUACCAUUAAUCUAUUUUCAUUUGCUUCAUUACUCAGUCAUCUAAUGUUUGUUAACUCCAUGAGUUCUAAUCACUAGUUCAGUGUUCUGGAACUUUCCCUCAAACUUUAUUUAUCCGAAACAAAAUUUUUUAUAACCUUAUUAACUCUAUUGAAAUCUUCACUACAUCAUGAUACAUAUAUUCAUCUUUAGUUACCCUCUUAUGUAUAAGUAUGUCAAUAUAUGUAAUAACGUUGAUUUUCAAAUAUUUUAGGUUGUAAGCAGCUGAUGAGAACCUAAUGAAAUCAUAUAAUGCUGCACCAAUCUUUGUUCUUGCUCUCUUUAAGAUAAUAAAGGGAACUAUGUGUAUGAAAUUAGUCUUCCUAGUUAGUCAACAUCAUUUUUUGCCAGUUGUUGGCAAUCGUCUAACUAUUUGUUACUGAUUUAUACAAAUAUUCGUCAAUAUUAGGACGAAUAGUUUGACAAAAUUUGGGCGCCGAUUAUGGCAAAGUCAUUGUAUGUGAAGAUUAUGUUGGGAAUAAUCUCAGCGAUUGAAAUCUAAACAAUUCAAACGUUUUGUUCAGCAAGCCUGUCUGGACUUCUUCAGGGUACUAAUCGAAAUCAAGAUCAAAAAAAUUUAAAUUUCAAUCGCUGUGAUUGUUUCAAAUAUAAUUUUCACAUAUAAUAUUCGUUACUGAUUUUUUCAACGACAUAUUACUUCUAUAGUUUAUAUCUAAUGCUAUUGUUUAAACCCUCUGUAAUGGCCUUGCAUUUCAUAAUCAGUUUAUGUGUAAAUGUAUCAUAACUUGUUAACCGCGUUGUAUCCUACUUUUUAAAUCUAACACCCGUUGAUAUUUGUCUAUAUUUGGUCAAUUUUUCAUCGAUAAUGUGAUGUUAAUUUCUUUGUCAGCUUACAUUUAAUAUCAUCAGUUAAUGAAAAAUGUACUAAAUCACACAGUAGAUGGUGAUACCUUUGUGUCAUUUCACUUAAUUAUCUUGGUUAACUUAACAAAUCAUAUGUUGAAUGGUGCAGACUGCAAAGAAUGAAGGCGUCUCAUCAAGGAAAAAUGUUUUCAAUACCAUUUCCUUACGUUGUACGAUCUAUUUAUAGGUAAUUUUUUGUAUUCAGUAUUCCAGGUUUUCAAUGGUGGUCUAGCUUCAACUGACUCAUGAUUUCAACCUGUGAAAUAGAAGGGUGUUAAAAUUCAUUCAAAUAUCGAUUGUAAAAGUCAACAGAAAUGGAGUGAUGUUGCGUAAUUUAACAAAGUAGUCACAAACAUUAUCAACAGAUUUCAAGUAUUGUCUAUAAAUUCAUAGACGGAAAGGUGUUAUUUGAGAGUAAUUAAAGUUAUCGAAAGUUUAACAAGUACUAAAUAGAAUAGGUGUUGCGUCAUUAAGCAAAGUAAUCAGAAAUUAUCAGUCAAUAAAGUUAUUCAUUUAUGAUGAAUUUUAAUAUUGAUAAUUUUCUCAGUUAAUUUUAGUUAGUACAAGAAUUUUCUAUGUAUAUUGCUUUUUUGUUUGUAUGGCCUAUAUGUUAUUCUGUUAUCUUUUAAUAUAGGCGAAGUAAUCAAUUAAUGAUGAUUUAAAGUAGAUGAAUUAUAUUUAUUGUUCAGUUAAUUAGUAACUG